AUGCAAAGAGAAUACCCCCAAAGAGAACCUACAGGCCUGGAACAACAUCCUGCUCCAUCUGCUCAUUUAGGACAAAGAAUAUUUGUAUCGAACCCUGCGGCUAAUCCUUCAGAUCCAAUUGUUCCAGACCUAGAUGAUCCUGUAGAAGUAGCAAGGCUGAGAAUUGAUGACAAUAACGCUCAGGAUAAGUAUAGGAUCCUGGAAGAGAGGAUCAAGGCGGUAGAGGGUGCCGAAGUUUUCUCUACUUUGGGUGCCAAAGAGCUUAGUUUGGUACCUGAUCUGGUUCUACCCCUAAAAUUCAAUGUGCUAGAUUUUGAGAAGUAUGAUGGAACAAGAUGUCCAAAGGCACAUCUGAUCAUGUUUUGCCGAAAGAUGACUGGUUAUGUAAAUGAUGAUAAAUUGUUAGUACACUGCUUUCAUGAUAGUUUGGCUGGCUCAGCUCUUCGAUGGUAUAAUCAGCUCAGUAGAGAGAGAAUUCGAUCAUGGAAAGUUUUGGUGUCAGCAUUCUGUGAGCAAUAUAGGCAUGUAUCGGAUAUGGUGCCUGAUCGAUUAACUUUACAAAUGAUGGAAAAGAAGCCGACGGAGACUUUUCGGCAAUAUGCACAAAGAUGGAGGGAUAUCUCUGCUCAGGUGGAGCCUCCGUUAACUAAGACAGAGAUAACGGUCCUCUUUAUCAACACUUUGAAAGCGCCGUUUUACGAUAAAUUGGUGAGGAGUGCCAUAAAGGACUUUGCGGAUAUUGUAAUAUCCGGGGAGCUUAUUGAAAAUACCGUCAAGAGUGGGAGAAUGGAAGGCUCCGAGAGUUUAAAGAGGGCGGUACCCGCAAAGAAAAAAGAGGCAGAGGCCCAUAUGGUUGGAACCGAGAGUCAAUGUACCCCCAAUCCGUAUCCCGCCCAAUCACGACCUCAUUAUCGCCCACCUUCAAACUUCUACUUUCCUCCUCAAGGUCCUUACUAUCAGACACCUAUGUCUUACCCCGUUUGUACUGUGAAUAACCAAAGACCAUUCACCGUGUUCCCACCAAACACCAUGUCUGCACAAGGCCAACCCAAAAAUGAACAAAGACCAACAAGACCCAAUCCUGAAAAACCUCAGUUUACUCCAAUUCUUGUAUCAUAUGGAGAGUUAUACCUGAAGCUGUUGGAAAAACAAUUAAUUUCCCCACAUUACAUGGCACCCCUGAAGCCUCCAUACCCGAAGUGGUAUGAUCCUAACGCUAAUUGCAUGUAUCACGCUGGGAAUCAGGGACACUCUAUAGAAAACUGCAUUGUGUUUAAAAGGAGGGUUCAAGGUCUUAUUGAUGCCGGUAUUCUACGAUUUGAUGGUGUUAGCAAUGUGACGGGAAAUCCUCUUCCUAAUCAUACUGGCGGGAAUGUAAAUGCGGUAACAAAUGAAGACAAUUGGCAAGCCAAAAGUGAUGUUACCGAAGUAAGAACACCUUUGCAGAAGGUAUGGGAGUUGAUGGUUGAAAAUGGCUUGCUCCACCUGUCUAGUAGAAUUCUCAAAGAAGCUAGUACAAAAGACCAAGGUUUUUGUGAUUUCCAUGGCGUCGAAGGGCAUGAAAUCCAAUCUUGUAAAGAAUUUAGAAAGUUACUUCAGGACAUGAUGGAUAACAAUGAGGUCAAGGUCUUUUAUAAGGUGGAGGGGACCGAUGAAGGAGAAAUAUGCGCAUCUGAUAAUCAAUCGAUGGCUUUCCCUUACAGCGUCGAUAGACCUUUGGUGAUUUAUUACGAGGCAAAGAAGGAAAAAGUCAGUCGAGAAGUUAAACCAAGUUUGAUAAUCGAAGUACCUGCUCCUUUCCCUUAUAAGGACAAUAAGGCAGUGCCGUGGAAUUAUGAUGUCAAUAUCAUUGUACCUGAGGGUGACAAGUCCAAUGUUGUGAGUGAAGGUGUUAGCGGAGUAGGACAUUUUACUCACAGCGAAAGAUGUUAUUCUCCCGAGACGGUUGAGCCAAAGAAGAAAGUUGUUGGUCCGAGCCAAAAAGGAAAAGCACCAAUGUAUGAGGUUGAGGACGAUGUUGAAAUACCACCCGAGCAAGAAGUCAAAAAAGCUGUGAAUGAGGAGGAAGCACGUGAGUUCUUAAAGUUCAUUAAGCACAUCGAAUAUAGCGUUGUAGAACAAUUAAAAAAGUAGCCGACCCGAAUCUCGGUACUAUCUCUAUUGUUGAACUCGGAGCCACAUCGAAAUGCCUUGCUAAAAGUGUUAAAUCAAGCUUAUGUGGCGAACAAUGUAUCUGUGGAAAAGCUUGAUAGGUGGGCAAAUAAUCUAAAUGCAAAUAAUUUCAUCUCCUUCAGUGAUGACGAAAUACCGCCAAAUGAUAGGGGCUCCAUAAAAGCAUUACACAUCACAACCAAUUGCAAAGGUUACAUAUUACCAAAUGUGCUCAUCGACAAUGGAUCUACACUCAAUGUUAUGCCUUUGGCCACACUUUCUAGGAUGCCGGUUGAUAUGUCCUACCUAAGGCCUUGUCAUUCUAUAGUAAGGGCAUUUGAUGGGACACGGCGAGAGGUCAUGGGAAAGAUCGAAAUUCCUUUAAAAGUGGGGUCAUGUGAAUAUGAUAUCGAGUUCCAGGUCAUGGAUAUCACACCUUCAUACAAUUGUCUCUUAGGAAGACCUUGGAUCCAUUCUGCUGGGGCAGUUCCUUCAUCUCUCCAUCAAAAAGUAAAGUUCAUCAUGGGUAGCCGCUUAAUUACUGUUGGUGGUGAGGAAGACAUCGUCGCAUCUAUUUCUACUGAUGCACCCUACAUCGAAGUAAGCGAAGAUGCUGUAGAAUGUUCUUUUCGCUCCUUGAAAUUUAUCAAUGCUGCAUUUGUUGCUGAAGGGAGUAAGAUCCCCAUUCCCAAAUUGUGCUCAGAUAUCAAUGGCAUGAAUAAUCCCGUUAUGAAUCCUGAAAUCAAUUUUGAGAAGGCUGUUUGUUUAGGAGAAUUCGAAGCUGACGAAAAUGCUGAAGAUUGUGUCUCGUCUCCUGACUUACUGAAAAUGGUAGAACAAGAAGAGAAACAGAUCCUACCCCAUCAAGAAUUUGUUGAGGUAGUGAACUUGGGGAAUGAAGAAAAGAAACAAGAAGUGAAGAUUGGGACUUCUAUUUCAGAAAACACAAGACGGGAUUUGAUCACCUUGCUCCAUGAGUACAAGGAUGUGUUUGCCUGGUCUUAUCAGGAUAUGCCAGGAUUGAACACAGAUAUUGUGGUCCAUAAGCUCCCACUGAAACCAGACUGCAAACAUGUUCAACAGAAGCUAAGAAGAAUGAGACCUGAAAUGCUGUUGAAGAUAAAAGAAGAAGUCAAGAAACAAUUUGACGCUGGCUUCCUACAAGUCUCAAAGUAUCCAGAAUGGGUAGCUAAUAUAGUCCCAGUGCCGAAAAAAGAUGGCAAGGUGCGGAUGUGCGUGGAUUAUCGUGAUCUGAAUCAAGCAAGCCCUAAGGAUAACUUUCCUUUACCGCACAUCGACACUUUGGUGGAUAAUACGGCAAAACAUUCUUUGUUUUCUUUCAUGGAUGGCUUCUCAGGUUAUAAUCAGAUAAAGAUGGCUCCCGAAGACAUGGAGAAAACUACAUUUAUAACAAUGUGGGGAACCUUUUGCUACAAGGUAAUGCCGUUCGGAUUAAAGAAUGCUGGGGCAACAUAUCAGAGAGCCAUGGUGACGUUGUUUCAUGAUAUGAUGCACAAAGAAAUAGAAGUUUAUGUCGAUGAUAUGAUUGCCAAAUCUCGGGAAGAAAGAGAGCAUGUGGGGAGUCUUAAGAAGCUGUUUGAAAGAUUAAGAAAGUUCCAGUUGAAGCUUAACCCGGCUAAAUGCACGUUUGGGGCUACCUCAGGAAAACUGCUAGGUUUCAUUGUUAAUGAAAGAGGUAUUGAGGUUGAUCCAGAUAAGAUAAAAGCUAUACAAAAAUUACCUCCCCCGCGUACACAAAAAGAAGUCAGAGGAUUUUUAGGAAGGUUGAAUUACAUUGCUCGAUUCAUUGCUCAACUUACCAAUUAGUGCGACCCAAUUUUUCGACUCCUUCGAAAACAUAAUCCGGGAGAAUGGAACAAGGAGUGCCAAGUGGCCUUCGAUAAGAUAAAACGGUAUUUGUCUAAUCCUCCUGUGCUAGUACCGCCGACCCCUGGAAAACCCUUAAUAUUGUACCUGACCGUGUUUGAGAACUCAAUGGGUUGCGUACUGGGACAACAUGACGAGUCGGGGAAAAGAGAAAAGACAAUUUAUUACCUCAGCAAGAAGUUCACAGAGUAUGAAGCAAAAUACCCUUCAAUUGAAAAAUUUUGUUGUGCAUUGAUUUGGACGGUUCGAAGGCUCAGACAAUACAUGUUGUAUCAUACGACAUGGUUAAUUUCAAAACUGGAUCCAAUAAAGUACAUGAUGGAGUCACCUGCACUCUCAGGAAGAAUGGCACGAUGGCAGAUCUUACUGACUGAGUAUGACAUCGUGUAUGUGAGCCAAAAAUCGAUAAAGGGAAGCGCGAUAGCUGACUUCUUGGCAAGUCGAACAGUAGAAGAAUACGAGCCUUUGAUAUUUGAUUUUCCAGAUGAAGACUUGAUGUGCAUUUCAGAAAAAGAGAGUGAGUCAUCAAAAGAAAAAUCAUGGAAGAUGAGCUUUGAUGGUGCAUCGAAUGCAUUAGGCCAUGGGAUCGGAGCAGUCUUAGUGUCACCAGAAGGAGAUCAUUACCCGCUCACUGCCGGAUUGAACUUCUUCUGUACCAAUAAUAUAGCAGAGUAUGAAACUUACAUCAUGGGACUUCAUGCAGCUAUCAAGAGGAAAAUUGAAAUCUUAGAAGUACACGGGGACUCAGCAUUAGUCAUUUACCAAAUUCGUGGAGAUUGGGAAGUGAGGGAUUUGAAAUUAGUCAAAUAUCACGAUCUCGUUGUGAAAUUGGUCAAAGAAUUCAAGGAAGUGACUUUUAACUACUUUCCACGAGAAGAGAACCAAUUGGCUGAUGCUCUGGCCACCCUGGCUUCAAUGUUCAAAGCAAACAGAGAAACUGAAAUAAUGCCUAUCCAAAUGAGCAUAUAUGAGACCCUCGCACACUGUUUUAGCAUUGAGGAGGAGUCAGAUGGACGACCAUGGUUCCAUGAUAUUUUAGAGUACAUCAAGAACCAAAGGUACUCCGAGGAAGCAAACGAGAAUGACAAAAGAACAAUCAGAAGAAUGGCAAUUGGAUUUGUUCUUGACGGGGAUAUUCUAUACAAAAGGGGAAAAGAUCAAGUGCUCUUGAGGUGCGUGGACGCUAUUGAAGCUAGAAAGAUACUUGAGGAGGUUCAUGAAGGAAUUUGUGGAACACAUACCAGUGGUUUCACCAUGGCCAGGCAGAUUAUGAGGCUUGGUUAUUAUUGGCUGACGAUGGAAAGGGAUUGCAUUGGUUUCGCACGAAAGUGCCACAAAUGUCAAAUUUAUGGUGAUAAAAUUCAUGCAGCUCCGUCGCCCCUUCAUGUCAUGACUUCUCCGUGGCCUUUUUCUACGUGGGGCAUGGAUGUUAUAGGGCCAAUUUCCCCGAAAGCUUCCAAUGGGCAUCGAUUCAUCUUUGUGGUUAUAGACUACUUCACAAAAUAGGUAGAAGCCAUUUCGUUUGCUAAUGUGACAAAGGCUGCAGUCUGUAGGUUUUUAAAAAAGGAGAUUAUAUGUCGAUAUGGUCUGCCUGAAAGAAUCAUUUCAGAUAAUGCUUUAAAUUUGAACAACAAGAUGAUGAAAGAAGUAUGUGAGCAAUUCCAGAUAAAGCAUCAUAAUUCUUCACCCUACCGCCCGAAGAUGAACGGAGCAGUAGAAGCCGCUAAUAAGAACAUUAAGAGGAUUAUUGGGAAGAUGACUGAGACGUAUAAAGACUGGCAUGAGAAGCUACCAUUCGCUUUGUACGCAUAUCACACCUCGGUACGGACGUCUACGGGGGCAACUCCUUUUUCUCUGGUCUACGGGAUGGAAGCCGUUCUGCCUAUCGAAGUAGAGAUCCCAUCCCUGCGCGUCUUAAUGGAGACAAGAUUAGAAGAAUCAGAGUGGGUUCGAGCUCGAUAUGAUCAGCUAAACCUUAUUGAAGGGAAACGAUUGAAGGCAAUUUGUCAUGGAUAGAUGUAUCAGAAAAGAAUGAUCACGACCCAUGAUAAAAAGGUGCGGCCAAGAGAAUUUCGUGAAGAGGAGCUUGUUUUAAGAAAGAUCCUCCCGAUACAAAAGGACUUUCGAGGAAAAUGGUCACCAAAUUGGGAAGGGCCAUACGUUGUAAAAAAGGCAUUCUCAGGAGGGGCUCUGAUUCUCACUGAGAUGGACGGGAAAGAAUUACCUAAUCCAGUGAACUCAGAUGCUGUGAAGAAAUAUUAUGCUUAA